AUGGCUCCAAAUUCAGUUUCCGUGGCACUUGGCUCUUUAACAAAAAGUUUCAAAAGAACCAGCAAGGAUCUAUUAAAAGCAUUCUCAUUAACAAGUAAUAGCGACAAAGAUGAUAACGAUAAUGAUAAUAAUCAACAAACAAAUGCCUGUAUUGACGAUUAUUUUCUAAAAUUAUGGGCAGAUUGGACUAUUUCAUGCUCAAACAAUAAACUAGUUAUACCGGAACCUCCAGAAGACAUAUUAAAAACAAACAAAUAUAUAAUUAAUAAUCAUGGAUGGUGGCCAAAAAAUUAUAUUUCUGUCGAAUGGUGUCCUGAAGAAAAUCAAAUACACACCAUAAUUCCACCAAGAACUAAAACUUCUUCUUUAUCACAAGAAAAUUAUGCUGUUAUAACUCAUAGAAUAUUGGCCUUAAGAUUAAAAUCAAGAAAUGGCAACUCGUAUAAAGGCGGCUCUGCUUUCAAAUUUCGAAGAAGUGUUAUUAAAAAAGUAGCUAAAGUUAACGGAUUAGAUCCUAAUCUUCGCCUUCCUUAUGAUAUUUUUGUUAAUGAUUUUGAACAAUACGUUGAAAACGCUCUAAUGAAAAAUCCCUGGAAAGAUGGAACUACUUAUCCAAAUAAAGGAGAUUUAAAAGAUAUUAAAAUUGCUCACAUCAACAGAAGAGAUCAACGACAAGCAUGUAAGUUUCAUAAUGAUAAUGAUGAUCCAAAUGUUAUUAUUAACAGUUAA